AAUCCAACCCACUUCAACCUCCAAUAUGGACUUUAUUGAGCAGGAAGUUAGUGAUUUUCGAUCUAGCUGUGAGAAGAAAGUGCCGCAUAGUAGAAUCAUCAUUUGUUCCAGCUCCCUGAUAAGAGUUGACAUCUAUCCUGAACGACCAAAUCGCUUGAUGACUGUCUGCUUGCGGUUCCCUGAGGAUUACCCAAAGAGUACACCCAUUCUGGUCGAAUUAAAGAGUCGGGCGUACUCGGAAAGGCUUCUCACCGAGCUGACCCGCCUAAUUGAUGACCAUGCCCGGGAUUAUUUGGGAAAACCGCAUGCUCUGCUGGUCGUGUCAUUUGCCCAGCAAUAUCUAUCGGAUAAUCCCUUGUGCGUGUGCCUCGACGAAAUAAAGCAGUUGAGGGUGGAUAUCAAGACCCGAGUGGUCUGUCCCGAGCUCGCCGAUGGAGAGUCUCCUCAUGUGGAGAGUCAACUAAAGUUGCGGCAGAAGAACAACAGCGUCGAGUUGAUAGCCAGAGGCGGGAAAUAUACCUACAGGGUUACGGCAGUCGUCCCCGACAGCUAUCCUGUGCAAUGUGUGGAGCUGAAAGGCCAGGAAUCUAAUUUGCCGGCAGUUCUCGUUCGCUACCUCAACGGACAGUCCAGGGAGAUCGCCCGACAGUGUGUGGAACCUCCGCAUCGCCUAAGCAAAGAUGAGUUGGCCAACUUUCGCCCAGCCAAGAGCAUGUAUCGUUCACUAAAGUUCUGCCUGGAGGCCACCCGGGACUUUCAUGUUGAACGUUGUCCCAUUUGUGAUAGCACUGUUUUGCCCAACAAUCCGGCGGAUGUUGAGCUGGAGGAGAAUGCCGAUUCCUACAUCGAACGUGUGUACUGUGGUCACGUGUUUCACCAAGGCUGCCUUAAGCAAUACCUGGCCGAGCCUCCAUUCCCCCGAGGUGGGAAACUCUGUCCCGCCAAGCGACGCCACCCUAGAUCUGAUGCCCAAACCUACAUGGGCAGCAGGGCGGGUUCGGUUCAGGGCGUUGCAGCGUCAGCAGCCAGCUCUAAGCAUUUGGAUAAUGCUGUGUGUGGCAUUAAGUUGGCCCACGAUCGUUGGGUGGUUAGCGUGAAAACGGCCGAGGCACGCUGGGCACAGAAACAGGCACGCCAGCGUGAGCUGGAGGAGGUGGUGGAUUUUCUACAAUAAACAAAAGAUCAGC